AAAGAAGAUAAGCUUGGGAAAUUGUACCUAUCCCGAUAUCGGCUAAUAAUUCUCACCGGCGCAAUGGAAACGGAAGCGGUGGUUCGUACCGUCGCCGGCGUAGACUGUUUUGUCUCAUUACCUCGUCAGCUACUCCAUGCGCUUCAAUCCACUAGCUCCUCUCCUCUUCCUCCGCUUCUCCCUGUCGAGCUACGCUCCGGUGACCGCCGUUGGUCAGUAGCUUGGUCCGGCUCCACCUCCUCCUCCACUGCGAUCGAGGUCGCUCGAGUCUUUGCGGAAAGCAUUUCGUUGCCGGAUGGUACAGUUGUUCAAGUUCGUGUUCUCCCUAAUGUGCCCAAGGCUACUUUAGUAACAGUCGAACCAGACACUGAAGAUGACUGGGAAGUUCUUGAGCUCAAUGCAGAACUUGCCGAGGCAGCUAUACUUAGUCAGGUGAGGCUACUGCACGAGACCAUGAAAUUCCCUUUGUGGUUGCAUGACCGAACUGUGAUAAGAUUUUCUGUGGUUUCAACAUUUCCAUCAAAAGGGGUGGUACAACUUGUGCCAGGAACUGAAGUGGCUGUGGCUCCAAAGAGACGUGACAGAAACCUCAAUGCAAAAAAGAGUCCUGAUGCGUUUUCUCCAGGAAAAGAAUGUAGCAAUCUGAAGGUUCUAUUACGUGUACAAGAUACUGAUGAAUCAGUCUUUCAUCAAGCUGAUGUCAAAGGUUUUGAGCUAAGGGUAGCCCUCACUUCCAUUGCCUAUAUUCAUCCUGAAACUGCCAAGAAAUACUUUCUAGAAUCUCUUCAGUUGAUUUCUGUAUCCCCUAGAAUACCUUUGCAAGGUAGUGCAAAAAAGGACGAAGCCUUAAAUAUGAAAAACAGUGAAGCUUCAAAGGUGGCCGAAAAUGGCACUCCAAGCGAAAAGAAAGAGCCUCGUCGAGCGAUUCUUCGCCUUGUCUUUUCAGAUUUAGCUGCUAAAGGACAUCUAAUGAUGUCCGAAUCUCUUCGUCUCUAUCUAGGAGCAGGCCUACACUCAUGGGUUUACUUAAGGGGAUGCAAUGUAAAUGUGGACAAAGAAAUUCCUGCUCUUGCACUUUCUCCUUGCGUCUUCAAGAUUCCUGAAAAGGAAAAGGUGCUAAAUAGAAGUGCAGAUAUGCUUGGUAAUCAUAAUUCUGUCAGGAAAGGCAGUCAUCCACCUUCUGGCUUGAGCACCUCUAUGGAUGUUUUUGACUGGUCUGUGCAUGAUAAGGUUGUUACAGCUCUUUCAUCUGAGGGUGUGCAUGAAAAAGGAAAUCAAGAUAAUGUCUAUCAAGUUAAGAAUAAAAAAGGAUUGGAAUGCCUUACUCGCUUGUGGUCAUUGGCACAACUUGAUGCUAUUUCAUCAGUUGCAGGAGUUGAUGUUAGUUCGUUAGUUGUAGGAAGAGAAACGUUUUUCCAUUUUGAAGUAAGAGGGCUCAAAUCUGAUAAAUCAAGAGAUAGACAGUCUUCUGGUAAUGAUCGUUGGGAAAGUGGAAAGAAGCAUAAAAACACUCCUUUACAAAUUUUGUACGUCAUGACGGUCUCUGACGAGUCUUUGCUUGGUGAUAAAUUUGCUGUGUAUGAGCUUAGCCUGGAUAGAAGUGAGAAGAGGGACAAUGUGGUGCAUAUUGAGCCAGUACUUGAGAAGAUGAAUUUUGAUGGCCCGAGAUAUUUGACGACGUCUCGUAAAGAUACACACUUCAAUAAAGGAGUUUCCCCGGAUAUAUCUUCCUUGACGUGGAUGGGCCCAAUUGUGCUGGAUGUUAUCAAGCGGAUGACCGUGUUGUUGUCUCCUGCAGCCGGAAUGUGGUUUAGCAAGUUCAGUAUUCCAUCACCUGGACAUAUUCUCAUAUAUGGCCCCCCUGGUUCAGGAAAGACAAUAUUGGCAAGAGCUGCUGCAAAGUACUUCGAAGAACAGAAGGACUUGUUGGCACAUGUGAUUCUGCUAUCCUGUUCUGCACUUGCCUUAGAGAAGGUUCAACACAUCCAUCAAGUCCUGUCUAGUGUAAUAGCUGAGGGCUUGGAACAUGCACCAUCUGUCAUCAUUUUGGAUGAUCUUGAUAGCAUUAUUUCAUCGUCUUCAGAUACUGAAGGAGCACAAGCUUCGGUUGGGGUUACGAUGCUUACAAAAUUCCUAACAGAUGUCAUAGAUGAUUAUGGGGAAUACAGGAAUUUCUCUUGUGGAAUUGGUCCACUUGCAUUUGUUGCUUCUGUCCAGUCUCUAGACCAAAUUCCACAGACAUUGAGCUCAUCAGGAAGGUUUGACUUUCAUGUGCAACUGGCUGCUCCUGCUACCUUGGAACGUGGGGCCAUACUGAAGCACGAGAUACAGAAACGCCUUUUAAACUGUUCAGAAGACAUACUACUUGACUUAGCUGCUAAAUGUGAAGGAUAUGAUGCGUAUGACCUGGAAAUAUUGGUUGAUAGAGCUGUUCAUGCUGCAAUUGGCCGGCAUCUACCUUGUGAAUCAAAUCUUUCCAAGUAUACUUUGGUCAAAGAAGACUUCACUCGAGCUAUGCAUGAAUUUGUGCCUGUUGCCAUGCGUGACAUCACAAAAUCUGCCUCUGAAGGUGGUCGUUUGGGGUGGGAAGAUGUGGGAGGUGUGACUGAUAUUAAAAAUGCUAUCAAAGAGAUGAUUGAGUUGCCAUCAAAAUAUCCGAAAAUCUUUGCAAAAUCUCCUCUGCGUUUGAGAUCGAAUGUUCUCUUGUAUGGCCCUCCUGGUUGUGGGAAGACUCACAUUGUUGGCGCAGCUGCUGCAGCGUGUUCCCUACGGUUUAUAUCGGUGAAGGGGCCCGAGCUGUUAAACAAAUACAUUGGUGCAUCUGAACAAGCGGUCCGUGAUAUAUUUUCAAAAGCAGCAGCGGCAGCACCGUGCAUACUCUUUUUCGAUGAAUUCGAUUCAAUUGCUCCGAAGAGAGGACAUGACAACACCGGAGUAACUGAUCGAGUUGUUAAUCAAUUUCUGACAGAACUAGAUGGAGUUGAAGUUCUAACCGGGGUCUUUGUUUUUGCUGCAACGAGUCGACCAGAUUUACUUGAUCCUGCACUCCUAAGGCCUGGCCGGCUUGAUCGUCUUCUUUUGUGCGACUUUCCUUCCCCACCAGAACGAUUAGAGAUUCUUACAGUUCUUUCUAGAAAGCUUCCGAUGGCUGAUGAUAUUGACUUAGAACCUAUAGCUCUGAUGACUGAAGGCUUCAGUGGAGCUGAUCUUCAAGCUCUUCUCUCAGAUGCACAACUUGCGGCUGUUCACGAGUUUCUGAACAGAGAAGAUGAACCCGAAACCGGAAGUACGCCAAUAAUAACCGAUCCUCUUCUGAAGUCGAUCGCUUCUAAAACGAAGCCCUCGGUUUCUGAAACCGAGAAGCAAAAGCUCUAUGACAUAUAUAGCCAGUUUCUGGAUUCAAGAAAAUCGUCGAGGGAAGCAAAGGGCAAAAGAGCAACCUUAGCAUAAUAGUUAAAGGAAUUACAAAGACAAAAAGAAAAAAGAAAAAUGGUUACAAUGUAGAAUCACAUCAUGGUGUAAAUUUUACUUUCCUGAUAAGCAAUAUAGUCAAAAUGGUUGAGUUUUAAAAUAAAGAUCGUUAAGAGAGCCAUAAUGUGUUGGUCUCUUUAUAGGGUUAAGUUCUACGAUCCAAACAGACUUUUCAAAACAACCUAUAUCAAUAAACUCAAGAAGACAAGAAGAUUCAUAAAUUUUGUUUGGAUAUUUUUGGAAAUUUA